UCGAAGUGUCGGUGAUGAACAGCAAAGCCAGCCAAUCACAAUUCAGUUUCAAUGGCAACAACAAUAGUGGCGGCGCUUUGAUUGGUGGAGGAGUUGCCGGGGCUCGCUCUGGUAGGAGUGGCCGCAGGGUAGAGUGUGUUUAUAAACCCGGCAAUGCUUGCAUCAGUACCAGUUCCCAAUCUUCCUGCCCCAGCUGGUGAGCUGCCAUGCCCAACAACCCCAGCCCUGACAUGGAGCUACCUCCCUCCUCCCAGCAGUCCCUCUGGAUCUUUGGAUACGGCUCUCUGGUGUGGAAGCCGAACUUCGAAUUUACCUCCAGCAAAGUUGGCUUUGUCCCAGGCUACAGCCGCAAGUUCUGGCAAGGGGACACUUUUCACAGAGGCAGCCCCCAAAUGCCCGGCCGCGUCGUGACCUUGCAAGAAGAUUAUUCGGAGUGCACGUGGGGCAUAGCCUAUGAGGUGCGUGGCAAGCAGAUUGAAUUGUCCCUGCAGCACCUGGAUGUACGAGAAUCAGUCCUUGGGGGCUACAUCACUAAACUGGUUAAGUUCUACCCCCAGGACGAGGGAGAGGAAGGAUCAAUACUGGCGCUGGUUUAUAUAGCCACACCUCAGAACCCCCGUUACCUGGGUCCAGCCACUGAAGAGGAGAUUGCAGCCCAAAUUUUAGCAUGCAGCGGCUGUGCCGGACACAAUAUAGAGUAUCUCCUGCGCUUGGCUGAGUUCAUGCACAACUGCUGCCCUGAUGCAGAGGACAAGCAUCUGUUCUUGAUAGAGGAGGCACUCAUAGCCUGUCUGUCAUCUGCUAAAAUGGUCCUGGACAAAAUAAAUAUUCUGAGGUCUUCAUGACUGCAAAGGCACCUCAAAACCAUCACUUUUCUAUGUACCUCUGGAGAACCUGUCUGCAGUCCAUUCAUUGAUCAUAAUAAUCACUACUAAAGAGCUCCGGAAUCUCUGAUAUUCAUCCGACACUAUAACCAAGUCAAAAUGUUUACAAAUAUUUCUCCUCAUAAUUAAGAGGGAGGGGGUUGUUCAUCAAGGGACUUUGCUGUCCUGUUUGUGUCCUUCUGCUUCAUUGGGUAGAAAAUCGAUGAAAGAACACUGCCUGGACAAAUGGUAUUAGUUGGAGUAGAUGUGUUUUUCUAUUAGUUUUUAGUAUUUGUGUUGUGGGGUCCAGUUGAGCUGGCCUCUGUUGGAAUUCCUGUAUAUACUAAAUCUACCUCCAUUAUUUAAGGGGUGAAAGCAUAUAAGUAGCAUAUAGUAAGCAUAGAGGUCAUAAUCUAAAUAUCCCAUGCUGUGUGUCAAACGUGUUUUUUUUUUUUAUUGCCAAAAAAAUAGUGGGAAAUGUAAUAACAGGUUCAAGAUUUGCUCCAGUUCUUGUAACCCGUAGCAACCAGCAUUUAUUCAUCCACCCUUGAGUGCCCAUCCACCCCACUUCACUCAUAUGUUAUUAUUGUGAGCUGUUACAGUGGUUGCGGAUGCCAAGCAUCUGAGCUUCUGUGUGGGUGGGAACAAUAUAAAGUGGUUUCAGAAUUUAAAGGGGAAAAUCUUUCAGCUAUGCAUCUAUAUAAUUGGUCUUCAUAUUUAAUGGUUUCAGAAAUGUUGUCCCUCUUCAAAGCCAAACUGAAAAUGCCCUCUGGUAUCUAGAGGCCAUGAGUCGUGCAACCAAACACUAGACUGAUGGAGAGGAGAGAUUUUUAUUGGUGCUUUUAUUUAUUACUUCGCAAAAUAAAACCUCGCAAAUUAACGAAGACCAAUUGGAAAUUGUCUUAGAAUACCAUUGCACACAUUAUACUAAAGUGAAUUUAAAGGCGAAGUGCUGGCUGUUCUUUGGCAGAUGCAUUAUACUGUUAGUCCCUCCUCCUCCCUAGAUGUCACAUGACAUACUGUAUAGAUCCUGGUUACUAUAAGGAGAGUAAAGGGUUUUUUAUGCUGCUAACAUUCUUUUCUUUCAUUUGGACAGAGAAGAGUGAUAUUAUUGAAUGUGUUAGUGAAAGGGACAACGUGCAAUAGUGAGUAGUGGAGCAAUGAACAUGCUUGAGUUUUAUUAUAAUUAUAUUUGGUUGCAGUGGGAAAAAAAUGCCAAUUUAUUAUCAUUUCCGGUUGCCAUAUCCUGCAGUGAGCAAUAGGAUUGGUAGACAAAAUAACCGAAAUACUAUAUUAUUUAUUUUACAUUCAUUCCAUGUCCCAGAAUGCUUUGAAUGGUAACCGACUCUGCUUAAACCAUAAAAAUGCCUUGUACACUGUAAACCACAGAAAGUAUUAAACAACUGUUUUUUGUUUUUAAAAAAAGCUGAUUUGUUCUGUUUGAAAAGCAUGGAAAUCUGUUCCUUACUACUAUUUAUGAGUACUGUAUAUUUUGUAUAUGAUACCCUUUUUUUUAUACACACCCAGUAAUAAACUGAUUUAUAUAUAAAAAACCAAAAAAA